CCUCAAGGAGCUGGAGUCAGAUGGCAGCACUAUGGAGGAGUAUUCACAGGAGGACUGGGGAAACCACAGUCAGGAUCUCCACGGCUACCCAACAGAUCAGGAAUUGGAUGAAAUACCUGUCACAAAGAGAACAUUAAAAAUAAAACAAGAGUCUUCUGAGGAAGCACAGAAGAGAGACAUCAUGCAAAAUAUUGUACAAAUUUUGGAAUCAGUACAAUUGAAAUGGGAACUGUUUCAGAGCUGGACGGACUUUUCAAGGCUUCAUCUUUCUAAUAAACUGGCCAUUUUUGGAAUUGGUUAUAACACCCGUUGGAAAGAGGAUAUCCGUUACCAUUAUGCUGAGAUCAGCUCCCAGGUGCCCCUUGGCAAGCGACUCCGGGAGUACUUCAACUCCGAGAAGCCCGAGGGACGCGUCAUCAUGACCCGUGUGCAGAAAAUGAACUGGAAAAAUGUUUACUACAAAUUUUUAGAGAUCACCAUUAGUGAAGCCCGGUGCCUGGAGCUGCACAUGGAAAUUGACUGGAUACCCAUUGCCCAUUCCAAGCCAACUGGUGGGAACGUUGUUCAGUAUUUAUUACCAGGAGGCAUUCCCAAAAGUCCGGGCCUUUAUGCCAUUGGCUAUGAAGAAUGUAUUGAGAGGCCCCCCUCACCCCACGUGGAGCGACGUUCCCUGGACGCAGGAAAGGAGGGCCGGGUUGACUUGGAGACCCUGUCAGCACAAGCCUCAUUACAGGUGGAAAUCGAACCCACCCGAAUAACCUAUUGCUACCUCGGGAUUGCUGAGGUCAGGACUCUCCAGCAAUGCUUAUUUUUACAUUUCCAAGCAAAUACCAAAACCUUCAGCAAAGAUUGGGUUGGUAUCAAUGGGUUUUUGUCUCAGAACUGUAUUGUGGAUCCUGGAGUUUCCCCCAAAUCCAUCUACAUCAAAUUCGUAGAAGUAGAGAGGGAUUUUCUUUCCGCUGGCUCUUUAGUUGAGUGCCUGGAAAAAGCCAUUGGAUACCCCUUAAAAUUUAACAACUGAAUGUCAUCCUUCAUAAGGAUUUGGGCUCUUACCUCCCUCUUCUCUACUCCCUUUCCAUUACCCAGACUGUCCCUUCAUCCAGAUGCUGCCAUCAGACUCUUCACGGGAAUUCUUUCCACAAUCGGGCCAGUACAACUUCUACGGAAUCAUACGAGACUUUGGGCAGAAAACACAGACCUCACCUGAAAAUGCUCAUUUUGAGCAAGCAAGAUUUACAGCGAACUUGCGUGGUGGGUCAGCUGUUUCUUUUUUAAACACAAAAAACAAUUUUUAAAUGGAUUUUAGAGCCCUAAUAUAAACAAAUGUAGGUACAUUCCAUAUUGGACAAAACUUACACUUUGAGUUUCAUAUGAAAUUGAAAAAUUGUAUUUUUUUCACAAUGUUUCAUUUUUACACAUCUCUAUGUCUCUAUGUAAGUGUUAUUUACAACCCUGAAUAAAUAAGCAAUAGAUAAUGGCAAGUUAAAUCUUGAGUCACCGUAAAUAAGAUUGUUUUUCAAUAUCACCCUUAGCUAUAUUGUAUAUAAUUUUAGAGUUUCAUUUUUUUCACCAACCAAGUGUUUUGCUAUUCCCAAUCAGUGUUGCCUGCAAAAACCUUUGUUUCUGUGAUGUACCAACUUUACGGCUGUGUUGCCGUUUAAACUUUUUAACAAAAAAAUUAUUAAAGUAAUUCUUGGCCUCUUGGA